GAUUUGCAUUGAGAAGAAAGAAAGAAAGAAUGAGCAACUAACAAAAGCCGUAUUUAGGGCAUAAAAAACCGGUGUGAAAUAAUGACAACGUUGUAGUAUUAUCAUAGGAACACAACAAUCAUGGCAACCGCUACUUUCAUGUCUCUUCAUCCAUCUUUCUCUUUCUCUUUCUCCUUCUCUUCUCUCCCUCUCUGACUCUACAUGCGUGCACGUCAUUCCCGUGGCCACCCUUUUGGUUCUCCGAAACUCGUCUUCCCUAGCUAGCCUUGGCCACCAUGAACGAAGAACGAGAACCACAAGCUUCCUCCAGCAAUGGCGUCCACAAGGUAGAAAAAAAACAAAUAGUUGAUAGGGAUAAAUCGAUUUUUAGAGGCAGACGUCCACGACCUGGUUUUUCUGAUUCAUUUUCAAGCAUUGAGUUGGAAACUUUAGACAUUGACGAGGUAGGCCCCUACCGUGAUCAGUCUCCUAGAAGUCAUGGAUCUGAAACCCCAUGUUCCAGGGCAAGUACUUCUGAUUCUGAGGGUCAGGGAUCAGUAGUAGGCAAUUCACCAGGUAACAAUAACCAGUGGCGUGGUUUCUUUAAACUUCUGAAGAAAGGAUCCCAAAUGCCUUUCCAAAAUUUUCAACCACGGUUAAAUGUUCCAAGACUCACAAGAAGAAAAAGCAAGAGGAUCAGGGAGGACCUCAUUCCAUCUCUGAAUUCUCCAGCUCUUCAGUCAUCUCUUGACACUGAUUUUGGCUGCUUCAAAUCUUCUUGGAAAAACUUCACUCUCACAGAGCUCCUCUCAGCAACCAAUGACUUUAGCUAUGAUAAUUUGAUUGGAGAGGGAGGAUAUGCUGAGGUUUACUUAGGCAAAUUGGAGGAUGGAAACUUCGUUGCCAUUAAACGUUUGACAAGAGGGAAUCCAGAAGAAAUGACUGCAGAUUUCUUGUCUGAGCUUGGCAUUAUAGUGCACGUGGACCACCCCAAUAUAGCUAGAUUGAUUGGAUAUGGUGUUGAAGGUGGAAUGUUUCUUGUUCUUCAAUUGUCUCCACAUGGUAGCUUGUCAUCCAUACUUUAUGGACCUAGAGAGAAACUGGAUUGGAACCUCAGAUAUAGGAUUGCUUUGGGGACUGCAGAGGGCCUUCGCUAUCUGCAUGAGGGAUGUCAAAGAAGGAUCAUUCACAAAGAUAUCAAGGCUUCUAAUAUUCUGCUCUCAGAGGAUUUUGAGCCUCAGAUAUCUGAUUUUGGACUAGCAAAGUGGUUACCUGACCAAUGGACUCACCAUACCGUCUCCAAAGUGGAAGGCACAUUUGGCUACCUUCCUCCUGAAUUCUUCAUGCAUGGUAUAGUAGAUGAAAAGACAGAUGUCUAUGCCUAUGGUGUGCUAUUAUUGGAGCUCAUUACUGGUCGACAAGCUUUGGAUAGCUCACAGAAAAGUCUGGUUAUGUGGGCAAAACCUUUGCUAUCUGCAAACAAAAUCAAAGAGCUUGUGGAUCCAGUUUUGGAUGGUGCUUAUGAUGAAGAGCAGAUGAAACUUGUAGCCUUAACGGCUUCUCUGUGUGUAGACCAGUGUUCAAUACAACGACCGGAUAUGAGCGAGGUGUUAGACAUACUAAAAGGGGAAGCAGAGAGCUUAAGAGUGAUGAAAGAACGAUCGAAGUCAAAACUUCAGAGGACAUAUUCUGAAGAACUCUUAGAUGCAGAAGAGUACAACUCAACAAAGCUUUUGAGUGAAAGGGAGCGACACAUGGAGACUAUUCUAGGCUCCUGUAAUUCUAGUACAGAUGGAGAAAGAAACUAGCACAUGGCCUGUGAUUCAGAUGAUGUGUGUAGAUGGUACUACAGAAGUUUCAAUGAUUGUGAUUCCAAUUGAGAAUCCAGAGCUGGCCAGAACAUGGGUUGAAGGGGUUAACUAACAAAGACACAAAAAGAGACAAAGAGGCAGAACCUCGUGUGAAUGUAGUAGCAUGUUUGUCAAUAGUUUUAUUUAGUCAAAUGAUGAUGAAGUUGGGGUAGAAUUUGAGAAGCUCGAUUAAAGCUUCAGGAUGGUUGGUUUCCAUUUUAUCCACACAUCAUCAAUUGGAAAUACCAUUUUCAGCAAGUUCUUCAGUUUUCAAUUGUAAUCAUAAGCAGAUCUAUCCAAGGAAAUUUACCUGAUUUGUUCGAUAUGUGUUCAG